AAAAAGAAGCAUGGCCAGGGAUAAAGCCAAGGAGACCGAUGGUGGGUGGAAGAAAUUCCUCUGGAAUCCAGAGAAGAAGGAGUUCGUGGGCAGAACAGGUGGCAGCUGGUUUAAAAUCCUCCUAUUCUAUCUGAUCUUCUAUGGGUGCUUAGCUGGUAUAUUCAUUGGGACCAUUCAAGUGCUUCUGUUAACCAUCAGUGAAUAUGAACCAAAGUAUCAAGAUCGCGUUGCACCACCAGGACUUUCACAGCUACCCAAAGCUUUAAAAACGGAAGUGACCUUUUCACCGAAUGACCCAAAGACAUAUGAGGAAUAUAUAGCUGGCAUCUCUAGGUUUUUGGAAAAAUACAACAGCAGCCAGCAGCUAGACCCAAUGAUUUUUAAAGAUUGCCCUGAGACCCCUGAAAGCUACUUUGACCAAGGACAAAUUAAUGGAGCAGAUGGCAAGAAGUUAUCAUGCAGGUUUAAGAGGGAAUGGCUUGGAAGUUGCUCUGGCUUACAGGAUCCAACCUUUGGCUUUAAAGAUGGCAGGCCUUGUGUAAUCAUUAAGCUGAACAGAGUCUUGGGAUAUAAGCCAAAGCCCCCAGUAAAUGGAUCUUUUCCUGAAAUCCCCGGAACGUCUUAUAAUCCAUUUGUGAUUCCAAUUCUGUGUGCCGGAAAGAAAGAGGACGAUCAGCCUAAAAUUAGAGAAGUGGAAUACUUCGGAAUGGGCGGAAUUGGCGGAUUCCCAUUGAACUACUAUCCUUACUAUGGAAAGCUGCUGCAUCCCUACUAUCUCCAGCCCCUUAUUGCCGUGCAAUUUAACGUUACAAUGGACACCGAAGUCCGCAUUGAGUGCAAGGCGUUUGGCGAGAACAUAAAAUAUAGCGAUAAAGAUCGCUUUCAGGGACGUUUCGAUAUCAAGUUUGACAUAAAGAGCUGAUCCUAGGCACAGCCCCGAGUAAUACCAUAAUCUAAAUUCAAUUUAACAAAAAAAAACAAAAAAAAACAACUAACUUUUAGUCUUGAACAAACUGUCAUGUAUGGGACCUACACUAAAUAUAUAUGCUUUACACUAGCUUUCUGCAUUUACUAGGGUUAGAAUGUAAAAUCAAGGUGUAGCAAUAGCAACGAGUAUUUAUUAUUAUGUAAAUUUAGAAAAACGAAUAAAUGACUUGAACCUUGGGACAUGCCCAUUUUGCUGUAAACUAUGAUUCCAUAAUCAAACUGUAGUAAGCAGUGUUUCCGGCCCCAGUAUAUAUAUUGCUACAUUGUGUAUUUUAUUUUUUUAGUGUACUUGUACAGUAGCAUAUGUGCAGACUCUACAGUAUCCGCCAAGCCAUGUUUCUGUUGUAUGAUCUUCCUUUACGUGAUCAAACCUGCAGUCCAAGGUGUAAAUACUCUAUUAUGGGAAUAAAACUGGCAUGGUAUUUUUGUUUCUGCAAAAGAGAUGGCCAACCAAUAAGAAUAUUUAAUAGCACUCCAUGAAAUCAUGUCAUUGUGGCGUUGAUUUUAUUUAGAUGAGGGGGGGUUCUUUCCUGUUUUCUGUUUAGCUUCACUUACACUUAAGAGGUGAUGGUUUGUGCUGUGCUUUGUAUUUAAUGCAUUUUUUUAA